AUGGCCUCAAGAAUGCCCACUUUCCCCAGUCGCUCAGAGGCUCCGCACGCGGGACUCCGGCAGCUGCUCCCGCCAUAUCCCGGCGUCAUCAACGAAGUCUCUUGGGUCCGUCUUCCCCAGUUGCAAAAUUGCCAGUGGAGAUUUUAUGACUUGAGAUGUUAUCACUUUGGGAAGUUCUUCUCUCAGCCAGUGUGCAUUGAUUCACUCACCUUGCAUCCCCAUGUCCUGACUAUGGCUGAAGUUACCCGGGUCCAACUGGAACCUGAUAUUCUGAAUCAUAAGAAAUCGCGGAACUACCGAUCUCCGAGCUCUCAAGGGCCUGUCGAGCGGACGCGCUCAUCGACAACCCUGGGGGAACUGGGAGACGUCCCAGCUGUCUGGAUUGAACACCUGACCAGAGCCAUGGGUAAUGUGCCAUCUAACCCCCUAGAAUUAACCUUAGCCCAUUGGAAGGAGGUUAAGGAAAUUGCUCAUAAUCGAAGUGUAGAUGUUAAGAAAGAAAAGUGGAUAAGUUUAUGUAAAUCAGAAUGGCCCACCUUUGAGGACGCCGAGUGGCCUCCUGAAGGAAGUUUUGAUAUAAUUAAAAUUGCACUUUUACAGGCCAAAAUUUAUAAUGUGCUUAGUGGGCAUCCAGACCAAGUCCCUUAUAUAAUUACUUGGAGGGCACUGGUUGAAGAGGAUGGCCCCGCCUGGGUGCAUGCUUUCUUGUCCCCCCCAGCCUCUUCUCUCAUCCAGGAGGAAGAUGAAGACGCAGAAGAGAACGUGCCACCAGCCCCCUCCGCACCAGAGGGUCCUGCCCAGUCAACCCGACGGCGCCGGGGAAUUACGCCUCCCCACAACUCCACUGCCCUUCCCCUCCGCCCCGUGGGUCCCGUGGAUGAAAAUGGCCAGCAGCAAUUCCAGUACUGGCCGUUUGCCACUAGUGACCUAUACAACUGGCGUACCCAAAACGCCCCCUUUUCUGAAAAACCCCAAGACUUGAUUCGUUUGCUUGAAACUGUCCUUUUCACUCACCAACCCACUUGGGAUGAUUGUAACCAGCUUUUACAGGUUCUUUUCACCACCGAGGAGAGGAGUCGCAUCCGAGAGGCGGCCCGGAAACUUGUCCCCGGCCCAACCGGAGCGCCCCUCACAGACCCUGCCGCGAUCUCAGUCUCCUUUCCUGAGACUCGACCAACAUGGGACUAUAACACGGCUGAAGGUAGGGAACGACUCCUCAUCUACCGCCAGGCUCUGUUGGCAGGUCUCAAGGCGGCGGCUCGCCGACCUACUAAUAUGGCCAAAGUCUAUGAUGUGAGGCAGGGAGAAAAUGAAAGUCCGGCAGCAUUCCUUGAGCGGCUUAUAGAAGCCUUUAGCCAGUACACUCCCUACGACUUAACUCAGGAAUCCGCUCAGAUUGUUAUGUUCACCUACAUAAAUCAAGCUGCCCCGGACAUAAAGCGAAAGCUGCAGACAAUAGACAGGCUUGGUGAAAAAUCUGUUAGGGACUUAGUAGCAGUGGCGGAGAAGGUCUAUAACAAAAGAGAGACAGAGGAGCAGAGACAGGAGCGAAAGGACAGGGAACGUGAAGCUGAACGUGAAAGGAGAGAUAGGGAAAAAGAAAAGAAUUUGGCUAGGAUCCUGGAGCAGCAACAAGCGCAACAGACUAGAAUUUUAGCACAGCAGCAAGCCCAGCACAGAAGAGACAUUAGAGAAAUCUUAACCUCUGUGCAACCUGGAAACUUUAGACGAUCCUCAGUAGGAGAAAACCAGUGUGCCUAUUGCAAGGAGAUAGGACAUUGGCUCAAGGACUGCCCAGAACUAGCCAGAAAGGAGGAGAAAAAACAGAAAGUAGGAUCCAGAGUGUUGCCGGCCUUAGAGCUAGCUGAAGACAGCGACUGAGGGAGUCGGGGCUCAGACCCCCUCCCUGAGCCUAGGGUAACUUUGAAAGUGGAGGGGAGCCCAGUCACGUUCAUGGUGGAUACGGGAGCAGAAAACUCAGUACUACUAGCCCCGAGAGGGCCGAUGUCCAAUAAAACAACAUGGGUGCAAGGUGCAACUGGCACCAAACCCUAUAAAUGGACUACCCGAAGAACAGUGGACCUAGGAGUGGGCCGGGUAACCCACUCAUUUUUAGUCAUUCCUGACUGCCCCUACCCAUUGCUUGGACGUGACCUUUUAACAAAAAUGAAAGCUCAGAUACAAUUCACAAGUGAUGGAGCUUUGGUAACAGACUCAAGAGGAAAGCCUGUAAAUAUAUUAAUCACUAGCAAACUAGAAGAGGAGUAUAGGCUAUACCAACAUCUCAAGCCUGAGUCUCCAGAAAAUGAGUGGUUACAGGCGUUUCCCCAGACAUGGGCAGAAACUGGGGGGAUGGGACUGGCAAAACAUCGUCCUCCAAUCUUUGUGGAACUCAAAGCUGGAGCUGACCCAGUAAAAGUUCGCCAGUACCCCAUGUCACUAGAAGCAAAGAAAGGGAUCACCCCCCACAUCAGAAAAUUGUUGGAAUUGGGAAUCCUAAAACCCAUCCAGUCAGCCUGGAACACUCCAUUACUGCCCGUCAAAAAGCCUAACUCCAAUGACUAUAGACCAGUACAGGACUUGAGAGAAGUAAACAAAAGAGUAAUGGACAUUCAUCCAACCGUUCCAAAUCCAUAUACUUUGCUGAGUUCCUUACCACCAAGCCACGUGUGGUAUACUGUGCUAGAUUUAAAGGAUGCCUUUUUUAGCCUGCCCUUAGCCCCACAGAGCCAAAAUUAUUUUGCAUUCACCUGGCAUGAUCCUGAAAUUGGGAUAAGCGGCCAACUGACCUGGACCAGGCUGCCUCAAGGAUUCAAAAAUUCGCCCACCAUCUUCGACGAAGCACUGCAUGAAGACCUGAGUGAGUACCGCUCUAAAAAUCCUGAGAUAAGCCUGUUGCAAUAUGUGGAUGAUUUGCUGAUAGCUGUCUCAGACAAAAUUAGCUGCCUGAAAGGGACAGCUAGGCUCUUAAAGACGCUUGGCAAUCUAGGCUACAGGGCCUCUGCUAAAAAGGCACAGAUUUGCAAAUCUGAAGUCACCUACCUAGGCUUCAUACUAAAAGAAGGCAAGCGUUGGCUGUCAGAAGCACGAAAAGAGACUGUACUAAAAAUUCCUGUACCAAAGUCAGCCAGGCAAGUCAGAGAGUUCCUAGGAACAGCGGGCUUUUGCCGGCUGUGGAUACCUGGGUUCGCUGAAAUGGCCAAGCCCUUGUAUGAAGCCACCAAAAAUGUCCCAGAGUUCCACUGGACUGAACAAAUGCAAAGGGCCUUUGAGGCAGUUAAGAAAAGCCUCCUAGAAGCCCCUGCCUUAGGCCUACCUGAUGUGAAUAAACCAUUCACCCUAUUUGUGGCCGAAAAUAAAGGGAUAGCAAAGGGGGUGCUCACCUAGCCAAUUGGGCCUUGGAAAAGACCAGUCGCCUACUUAUCCAAGAAAUUGGAUCCUGUUGCUGCUGGGUGGCCCCCAUGCCUGAGAAUAAUAGCCGCAGUAGCCCUCUUAGUGAAAGACGCAGACAAACUGACCUUGGGACAAAAUCUAACUGUGGCCACUCCACACGCUCUGGAAGGGGUGCUAAAACAACCGCCUGACCGAUGGAUGAGCAAUGCCCGCAUGGUCCAUUACCAAACCUUGUUACUUAACCCCGCGCGUAUCAGUUUCUGCGUACCAACAGCAUUAAACCCAGCUACCUUGUUGCCGGAUCCGGACCUGGAAGCGCCUCUGCAUGAUUGCGAGCAGAUCCUGGCCCAAGCACAUAGUCUCAGGCCUGACUUGCUGGACUCACCGCUAUCACAGGCUGAGCACACCUGGUUCACCGAUGGCAGCAGCUUCAUGCGAGAAGGAAAAAGGUACGCAGGCGCGGCAGUCACCACGGACGCUGAGAUAGUGUGGGCAGAGGCACUCCCCCAGGGAACUUCUGCACAAAGAGCAGAACUAGUGGCACUAACAAAAGCCCUACAAAUGGGGAAAGGAAAGAGACUAAAUAUAUACACGGACAGUCGGUAUGCGUUUGCUACCGUACAUGUUCACGGAGCUAUCUACCAGGAGAGAGGGUUACUGACGGCCGAAGGAAAAACUGUUAAAAACAAGCAAGAGAUUCUAAAUCUCAUUCGGGCCCUCUGGGAACCAGCCAAGAUUGCUAUCAUGCAUUGUCCAGGACAUCAAAAGGGAGUUGAUUUAGUGACUAAAGGAAAUAACUUGGCAGACCAAGCAGCCAAGGAGGCGGCCCUCCAACCUAGAGCAGAAAUAUUAACCCUAGCGGAUCCAGGGCCGCGGACUCUGCCUCCCGUGCCCCAAUAUUCUCAAGAGGACCUAGAAUGGAUUAGGAAAAUUCCUAUGGCCCACAAACCCCCGGACAAAGAAGGAAAAAAUGAUUGGUGGAGAACGUGUGAAGGGAAACUUAUCUUGCCACAAGAACUAGGUAAGGGGAUCCUCAAGAGAAUCCACCAGGCUUCCCAUAUGGGGACCCGAAGAAUGCAGGACUUGCUUCGCCACUCAAAAGUAAAAAUUAGACAGGGAAACCAAAUUGUUGAGGACAUUGUCAAAGGUUGCAAAGCCUGCCAGCUCACCAAUGCAGCGGCUCAACCAAUUAUGAAAGGAAGCCGCCUUCGUGGAGACAGGCCAGGUGCGUAUUGGGAGGUAGACUUUACAGAAAUUAAACCUGGAAAAUUUGGAUACAAAUAUUUGCUAGUUUUUGUAGACACCUUUUCAGGAUGGGUUGAAGCUUAUCCGACAAAGCAUGAAACUGCAAACGUGGUGGCCAAGAAGAUCUUGGAAGAAAUCUUACCCAGGUAUGGCUUCCCAUCCUCCAUUGGGUCGGACAACGGACCGGCCUUCGUCUCAAAAGUAAGUCAGGGAAUAGCCACUGCACUGGGGACUGAUUGGAAAUUACAUUGUGCUUAUAGACCCCAGAGUUCAGGGCAGGUAGAAAGAAUGAAUCGGACCCUAAAAGAGACCUUGACUAAAUUGGCCCUAGAGACUGGCGCAGAUUGGGUGUCGCUCCUUCCUUUUGCCUUAUUUAGAGUAAGAAACUCACCUUACCAGCUUGGUUUCACUCCCUUUGAAAUAAUGUACGGGCACCCCCCGCCCAUUGUUCCUAGCCUUCAGACUGAAUUGCUUGCAGAUUUAGAUGAUACUGAAUUUCUAUGUAAACUUAAUCAUUUACAGCUUGUGCAUAAGAAUGUGUGGCCUCAACUUAAGACACUAUAUGAUUCUGCUUCUGUCCCUACCCCUCAUUUAUUUAGACCAGGGGACUGGGUGUUCGUUCGGAGACACAACCCAAACUCCUUAGAACCACGGUGGAAGGGACCCUACGUAGUGCUGCUGACUACUCCCACCGCCCUCAAGGUAGACGGCAUCGCCGCCUGGGUUCACUACUCCCACGCAAAACCAGCUGAUCCCUUCGCGUUGGACGAGGAUUUUCGUGGAGAAACAUGGGAAGUCUCCAAACAUCCAGACCCAGCCACUCCGCCUUCGCCUCAAGAAACGAAAGUUAGACUGAAUAGUGCUACUAUUAUGAUCAUUUACUUUUUACUUUCAUAUUUUAUUGUUCAAGUUAAUGCUGAUGCUAAUGCUAACCCUCACCAGCCCUUCCAGUUAUCUUGGCAGAUCACCCCAAGAGGGGGAAAACCCCUUGUCUUAGCAACUAAAGAAGCCCCCUUAGGGACCUGGUGGCCAGACCUAAUAGUGGACCUGUGCGACCUAGCUGCAGGCAGCUGGGAUGUGCCAGAUCAUGAUGACCCAAAUCUAGAUAAGCAACUUCCCGAGUGCAAGGAAAAAGAAUCCUGUCUAGUCCCGUGCAAAUACAGCUCCCUAACAUGGGGAUCUAGACAUGGAUGUGGCCACCCAAAGCUAAGAGCUGAACUGAGAGAAAUGCCUUUCUAUGUGUGUCCUAGAGAUGGGAGAACUAGGGCAGGUGAGAGAAGAUGUGGAGGGGAAGCAGAUUUCUUUUGUAAACAGUGGGGGUGUGAAACCACGGGACAAGCACACUGGGACCCACACUCCAGCUGGGACUUAAUCACCAUAAAACGAAACCAUACAGGAAAGGGUCUAGAAAAAGAAAAUAGUCUUGCUUGUGAGUGGGCUAACUGGUGGUCGGGACAAGGAGCCUGCACUAAAUACAGAUGUAACCCUCUGGUAAUUAAGUUUACCAAGAAUGCUAAGACCUUCGGUGGGUGGACUAGAGGAAGGACAUGGGGAUUAAGGUUGUACAUGUCAGGGUAUGACCAUGGACUUACUUUCCAGCUCAAACUCAUUGUUAAACCUAUGACAGAUGUAGCAGUGGGACCCAACUCGGCCUUAAAGCCUCAAGACCACCUUGACAGGCCGACACCAGGCCCGACCCCAUUUAGAGCCCCAGAACCCUCUCUUAAUUCAACGCUGGCUCCAGGUACUGGACCCUCCUCCCCCAUGUAUACCCUGGCCUAUCUACCCCGUAAUAACAACCCCCUAGUAAACCUGAUGCAGAAGUCCUAUAUAAUCUUAAACCAUACUCAGCCCAAUUUAACUAGAUCUUGCUGGUUAUGUUAUGAUGUUGCUCCACCCUAUUAUGAGGGAAUUGCUGUCUCUGAUAACGUGUCUCAAGCCAAGGAAGAAGAGUCUUGCAGGUGGAAGUCAAAAGUAGGGCUCACUCUAACUCGAGUCACUGGUUCAGGCACUUGUAUUGGAAAACCGGGAAAAGAAAUGGCUCCUUUAUGUAACCACAUUAUCAAUCAUAAAUCAGCAAGUGGUUAUUGGUUGCCUCCACAAGAUGCUUGGUGGGCAUGCUCUAAGUCGGGUCUAACCUCUUGUGUACACUCUGCUGUCUUAAAAGAUUUUGAGGAUUCCUGUGUGUUAGUACGACUGGUACCCACUAUAUCUUACUAUCCGGAGCCAGAUUUCUUGGACCGUUUACAGGGCUCCUGGAAACAACUCAGUCUAGAAUACAAUCCCCGGGUAAAAAGAGAGCCCUUUACAGCUAUAACCUUAAGUAUAUUAAUAGGAGCCAGCUUGGGGGGACUAGGUACAGGAGUAGCCUCCCUCGUCCAACAAAGAGGAUAUUAUGAUGACCUACGGAUGGCUAUAGAUGAGGAUAUUAAGAAAAUAGAAGAAUCCAUCUCUCACCUCCAGGAAUCCCUUACAUCCUUAUCAGAAGUAGUUCUCCAGAAUAGGAGAGGGCUAGACUUACUGUUUCUACAGCAAGGAGGACUUUGCACUGCAUUGGGAGAAGAGUGUUGUUUCUAUGUUGACCAUUCAGGAAUAGUAAAAGAUAACAUGUCCAAAGUCAGAGAAGGAUGGCCCAACUGGUUUGGGAACGUUCCUGUCACACUGACCGCCUUGGAAUGUCCGCCAACCAAUUAUAGAUGUGUGGAAUGUCCUCUGAUCAAAUUUUAG